GGAAUCCGGGGUGCUGUAGGCUCCUUUUUUUCUCUUUUUGAUUUAUUUUAUGCACGGAUUUCUAAUUCUUUUUACUUUACUAGAAAAAUCAAUUCCAUCAGAAUCACCUCGAGUACAACCUGGCUAUGACUGCAAGAACAGCCGGAGAAACGAAUUACCGAUGGCUAUUGAGGUCUAAAUAAGCGGACAUAAACUAAACGUUUGCGAGAGUAUACAUUCAAGCUUUAAGAGUUGCCAUUAUACUGAUGAAUUACUAUCAAAAACUAGAAUAAAAAAACAUAAAGACAAUUAUUUAGAACAUUUAAUCUAAAAUAAGUGUAUUUUGAGUACGCGAUAAUUUUAGAAAAUUUUCGUUGGAAACGAUAUUACUCACAAAUAAGAUACUUCGAAUUCUGCACCACCCCAAAACAACAUGGCCAUCCUAGGUCGCUUGAAGCAUGGUGCUUCAAACUUAUCGAUGAUUCGUUCUGCUAAGGACAUUGCUUGUUUUGGCAAGAAGUAUGCAGACAUAAGAGGUUAUGCCAAUCAUGCUGCGUUUGUUACACCUCCUUACCAGAAGCUAAUUGAAACGCUUGAACGUGUUCGGAAGAUUUUUCCUAAUGAAAAACUUACUUUAGCUGAAAAGGUGCUUUAUGCACACCUGGCGAAUCCAGAAGAAAGUUUUGCCGGUGUUUCUCCUUCGCAGAUUCGCGGCUCGUUGUAUUUAAAGCUGAAACCUGAUCGCGUGGCCAUGCAAGAUGCAUCGGCCCAAAUGGCAUUACUCCAAUUCAUGACCUGUGGUCUUGAACGUACUUUAAUUCCCUCUAGUAUUCACUGCGACCACUUGAUUGUCGGUCAUCGCGGUGCGAAUAGCGAUAUCCCCGAAAGCAUUGCCAAUAACAAAGAAAUCUUUAAUUUUCUUCAAAGCGCCUCUAGAAAAUACGGUAUUCAAUUUUGGGGUCCCGGUAGUGGUAUUAUUCAUCAGAUCGUUUUAGAAAAUUAUGCUGCUCCCGGUGGAAUGAUGUUGGGAACAGACUCUCAUACACCAAAUGCAGGUGGUUUAGGUAUGAUUGCCAUUGGUGUUGGUGGUGCAGAUGCCGUGGAUGCCAUGACAAAUACUCCAUGGGAGUUGAAGGCCCCUAAAAUCAUCGGUGUUCAUCUGAAAGGCACUAUGUCCGGCUGGACUACACCCAAAGACCUUAUUCUUCAUUUAGCUGGAAAACUUACUGUCCGUGGUGGAACUGGUCAUAUCAUUGAAUACUUUGGUCCUGGUGUUGAAUCUCUCUCGUGUACUGGAAUGGCCACUAUUUGCAACAUGGGUGCCGAAGUGGGUGCAACCACUUCUAUAUUUCCAUAUACCGAAUCCAUGAAGCGUUAUCUAGAAGCCACUCAUCGUGCAGACGUUGCCAAUGCAGCUGCAAAUAUUCACCAACAACACAACUAUUUAGCUGCUGAUGCUGGCGCUAAGUACGAUGAAAUUGUCGAGAUCAAUCUUUCUGAGCUUUCUCCUUCUUUCAAUGGCCCUUUUACCCCAGAUUUAAAUACCCCCAUCGAAAAAUUCAGUAAAGCUAUCGAAACCAAUAAAUGGCCCAAGAAGGUUUCUGCUGGUCUCAUUGGAUCUUGCACAAAUUCUUCCUAUCAAGAUAUGUCCACCGUCGUUGACGUUGUGGAACAAGCUACGAAAGCUGGCUUGAAGCCACAGGUACCUUUCUUAGUCACUCCUGGUAGCGAGCUAAUUCGCGCAACUAUUGAGCGUGACGGUAUCACAAAGCGUCUCGAAGAUGCUGGUGCUGUUGUUCUCGCCAAUGCCUGCGGUCCUUGCAUAGGUAUGUGGAAGCGUGAUGACAAGGUUUCCUCUGAAGAACCAAACGCUAUUUUGACUAGUUUUAACCGCAACUUCCGUUCUCGUAAUGAUGGUAACCCAUCUACCAUGAACUUUUUGACCAGCCCAGUUAUUGUUGCUUCUAAGAUCUUCUCCUCUGACCUUGCUUUUGAUCCUACCCGCGACGUCCUUCAAACUUCUGAUGGUAAACCUUUCAAGUUUACUCCUCCUACAGGCAUUGAACUUCCUCCGUCUGGUUUUACUGCUGGUGAUACUUCAUACAUUCCUGAUCCCAACCCACAACCUCUGCCAGAAACUGAAGUAACAAUCGAUCCCAAAUCUACCCGUUUGGAGGCCCUUGAACCUUUUGAUUCUUACAAAGGCGGAGAAAUGAAUAACUUGAAGGUUGCUAUUAAGGUUAAGGGUAAAUGUACAACAGAUCAUAUUUCUGCUGCCGGUAAGUGGUUGAAGUAUAAAGGACAUCUUAGCAACAUCUGUAACAAUACUCUCAUUGGUGCGGUCAACGCAGCUACUGGUGAGGUAAACCGUGCAUAUGAUAAUGGACAAGGCAUGAGUAUUCCUGAACUGAUGUGGAAGUGGAAGAAUGAAGGUCAACCAUGGUUGGUUGUAGCUGAACACAAUUACGGUGAAGGGUCUGCUCGUGAACAUGCUGCUUUGCAACCUCGCGCUAUGAAUGGCCGAAUUAUUUUGACUAAGUCCUUUGCUCGCAUUCAUGAAACCAACUUGAAAAAACAAGGUAUUCUUCCAUUAACUUUUGCUAAUGAAGCUGAUUACGAGAAAAUCAAUGCUGAGGAUAAAGUUUCUACCCGCGGCAUUACAAAAUUGUUGAAUGGCGCUUUGGAUGAGCCUAUUAUUCUUGUCGUUACCAAAAAAGAUGGCUCUUCAGUGGAAAUCCCUUGCAAGCAUACGAUGAGUAAAGAUCAAGUAGAAUUUUUCAAAGCAGGUUCAGCAUUAAACUUGAUUCGUCAAAAGGCUCGUACUAAAGUUGAAGAUCAAAAGGUAUUAGAUUCAAUAAAACAACAACCUGAUCACUACGCUGACGUGAGUGUAUAUAACCGACAUUUUAUAGUCACCAGAGGUGAUCAGUUGGGCUUACCCUUCCGUAUAAAAAACGUCCAGGUAGGAGAUACCAUUCGUUUUGAUAAAGUUUCGAGGCUAGGAUCUAGGGAUUAUACGAUUGUUGGCAAACCAUAUGUAGACAGUUCUCUUCAUACCAUUGAGGCCACUGUACUGUCGUUCCCUAAAAGUGCACUAAGCGUGCGCGUUAAGCACAAGCGUCGUCAUAGACAUGAUCGUGUAAUGAAGCAUAAACAAACCUACACAAUUUUGAGAAUUAACAAGUUAGUCAUUCAUUAAAAGAACGUUAAUAUUAUUCUAUGUAAUUUAAUAAGAUGCAUAAUGAACCCAAAAGAAUAUAUAAGUAAACCG